AUGGAGUGUCCAAGCAGGUCUGAGAAGCUCGUGCCUCCUGAAUGCCAGGUCGAAGACGGCCACGAUGGCAUGCCCGAAGAGGUUUGGGCCGACAUGGUCCAGCACGAGCGCACCAUUUUCUAUUCCCUCAUGUUCCUCAACGGCUCGGUGCUGUGGGCCUUUUACUCGUGCCUCAGUGCGCAGGACUUCUACGCGAUCGAGUUUGCCGACGCUGGACUGGACUUUUCCUUCCUGACAACGCUCUGCAUGUCGUGGCCAAUGGUCAUCGGCCAGGGCCUUCAGAUGAUGUGCGGGCUCGACAAGAAGCUCACGCAGGAGUUUCGCGUCCGCGCGGGGUACGGCAUUUUCAUCCUCAUGACGAUCCUCAUCAUGGUCUUCAGUGCUGUUGACUUCUCAAACCCAAAGACGGGGGGCGUCCUUGUGCUCAUUUGCUUUGGCUGCGUCGGCUUUGGUAACUCGCUCUCCGAGGCGACUUACUACACCAUCGCUGCGCUCUUUCCAGUGCCCAAGUUCUCACAGGCUGUCCAGAUCGGCAACGGGGCCGCCGCGAUCCUCAAUAUCUCCCUUGUCACCCUCCUGCGUCUCGCUGUCGGUGGCGUUCGCCAGGAUAAUAACUCCACGAAAUUGGCAUUCUACCUCUUCUUUGGCAUCCUCCUCGUCGUCCUCGUUGCAGCGCUUUUUGUCUACCGCCAAUUGACAAACUUAUUGAGCGUCAAGUUCCUACUGGAGCGCAAUGCUGCCUUGACCAAGAACUUGUCCAAGGAUUACGCGCACCAGUCGAUCCGUCGGACCAUGAGCAACCUGUGGCGCAUUUUGACCAUCAUCUGGAUGCCUGCGACGACACAGCUCUUUGUCUUCUUUGUGUCGCUGUCCGUGUUCCCCGGAUUCGGCUGCGCUGCCUCCCGGAACCUCAUGCCUCCGUACUCGGACGUUGCGCACGCGGUCGCCGCGAAUUGGUAUUGCGCCCCCGGCAUUGUCGGCUCGUACAACUACGGCGACUUUUUUGGUCGCGUCCUCACGACUGCCGCAGCGUACGAGCUUGUUAAUAGCAAGUGGUGCUUUGGUCUAUCGAUCCUGCGUCUGGCCUUCAUCCCUCUUUUGCUCAUGGGUGUUGCCGGCACCUCUCUAUACGCCUUUGGCCACGACGACAUGACUGCCAUCUCGUACAACGUUAUUCUCAAUCUACUCAUCGGUCUCUCCAACGGAUUUCUAUCGACGAUCACCAUGGGCAUUGGUCCUCGUCUCGUCAGUCUAGAGGAUAGAGAGUCGAGUGGUGCGAUCAUGGUGUUUUGCCUCUUCCUAGGUAUCGCCGGAGGGUCUACGCUCGGUUUCUUCUUCAGCGACCAAGGCUGGCUCGGUCUGUAA